AUGGAUAAAUAUCAGCAUAUAAGAACAUUCAUAUCGGCAGUUUUGGAAUAUAUUAAACAUCCGAGUGAAACAACAGCUUCAGUUUUACAACGAAAUCUUGGGGUGAUAAGCGUAUCAUUAGAUUUGAGCAUAUUUGACCCUGGAACUAGCAUAGCAGCAGAAUUCUAUGUUAGUCUGCAUGAGCUUAUGAAUUCUUUAGCUUCUAGAACUACUUUGAUUUGGAGUACUGUUGAUGUCUUACAAAAUGCUUGUCGUAAUGCUGCUGCUAGACAAGCUCUUAUUCAUACAUAUAAAUUUGCUCCCAUAUUGGCAAGAUUAUUGGAGGCAAAUUUAACAAGUGAAAAGAGAAUACGAGUAUUAAAACUACUUCAAGAAUUGACAUAUGGCAUAAAAAUUUCUUGGCAAGAAGCUCAUUUACCUUAUUUAGUAUCAACAUUAACACAAUGGGUAACACAGUCCAAAGAAGAAAACAUUAUUGCACUUUCUUUAGGUGUAUUAGUAAAUCUUUGUUAUAAAAAUCUUCCUGCAGUAUACACACUAAUGAGGACAAUUGAUACAAAAGCAUUUAUACGAACAUUAUUAAAACUGCAACAUUGCAGUGUUAAUACCAGUGUACAGUGCUGUAAACUUCUAAUUAUAUUAGAACAUACCAAUACAAAUAUUUCAGAAAAAUAUAUUUUGGACUUUGCUGCUGUCACAUUUAGCAGUCUUAUUACUGCCAUGAAACAAAGAGAUGUUUUGUUGCUAAGACACAUUAUAGAUUUCUUUGAUGAUGUUGGGCAAAAGGAACAUUCUCAUUCUGUAUUACUUUCAUACUCAUACUACCAUAGAGAUGUACAAAAUGUAUUACAAACAUUGGAAGAUAAUGCAGAUCCAGAAUGUGUUGCUCUUAUGAUGGAAUUUUUGUCAUCAUUAAUAAAGCUGAAAUUGUCAGCUUUAGUACCUUUAUAUGCUUUAUGUGUAAAAACUGCCAUGACCUGGGUACCUGUAGAACAGGUAUGUUCCAAAGCAUUAGCUUUGAUAAGAGUUACAGUAAUUGAUGCAAGACGUACUAAAAUAUCGUCCGAAGUGCUGGCAGAAUUAGAUGCUUCAGUGUUAAUGCUCAUAAUAAAUUCAGAAAAUGAUGAAGUUCAAGAAAAGUGUGAAUUAACUUUAGAAACAGAAACGAAAUUAGCAGAAUUGAUGCAGUUAUUUCAAGAAAUGGUUAAAACUUCUACACUUAGAACAAAAAUAAUGCAAUCCUUGAAUGAACAAACGAUAUGUAAAUUAUUAAGUCCAAUGUUGGAUUCUGAAACAUGUGCAUCUAGUGAUUGGCCAGGGAAUUUUAUUCAAAAUCCUACUACAAAUCUAUGUAUUCAUGCAUUGGCUUUGAUUGCUGACUUAGCAGCUCAUAAUUCUCAUUGGUUAACAUUAUAUUCUGAGUUACUUCGAAAGAAACCAAUUCAAAUGACAAUGGCACAUGCAUUAUUGACUGGGGAUGCAGAUGUUAAACAAAAAGUUCUGCAGUUAACAUCCACUGUGGGAUUUCCCCAAGAAUGUGUUUCCGCGGUGGCGUUUUGUAUGAAGCAAUGGGAACCUCUGAUAUUGGUACAAAGUACUUCUGGUGUGGUAACAACUAUUGGAAGUAAAAUAUCCUUGAAUUCAAACAACGAAAUGGCUCCACUUUUCUCUUUCGCGCAAGAAGAACGACUUGAUGCAUUUCUAGCAACAUUAAAAAGAGCUUAUGAGUCAAAUCAAAGUGGUGACAUUACAACAUCAGCAGUGAUGGAAUUGUACGAAUAUAAAUUAGCAGCCAUGAGACAUGCAGAGAGGGCUAUGCAAUCCAGUUUAGAAGCAGCAAAUAAUCAUGGAACCAGUUUACAACAUAGGUUGGCACAAGUAGUGGCUGAAUCAAGUCGUUUACAUCAACUGUUGUUUGACACACAACAAUGCUUAGAAGGAGUAAAAUCUACAUUAACAGUAAAGCUUGCUGAAGCAGAAGAACAAAGUAAAAAAGCAGUUGCAAUUAAGAAACAGGAAAUUGAAGGUCUGAAGAAAAUAGUAACAGAAAAGUCUACUGAUAUUAACCAUUUAAAUGGAAUGCUUAUACAACAUAAGCACGAAUUAGAAAGUAAUAGUAAUAGGAUCGAAACGUUAACUAGAAAAAUAAAAGAAUUGGAAGUUGAAUGUGUGAAUGCAGACUUAAAAACCACAGAAAUGGUUAAUAAAAACCAUGAGCUGAGUAAACUACUUCACAAAAUGCAGGAUCAGUUACAUAAAAAAGAUCAGGUAAUAGAAUUAAAAACUGCAGAAAUUCAAUCUCAUCAAAAAGAUAUUUCUGCACUUAAACAAGAAACUCAACAGUUAUCACAAUUAGCGCACACAUAUGAAAAGAAUAUUGCAGAAAAAGAGGAAACACUUAAGAAAAUGAGAGCAGAUUUGAUAGAUUUAAGUCGUAUGCGAGAUAUGAUUUUCGAUCUUACUGCUAAGAAAAAGGAAGACUUAAACACGAGCUAA